AACGCAUUCACAACGCCUUGGCAUGUUGUCACUCUGACAGCGGUUUUAUCUCGGGGAGUUGCGUUGCGUCUAGUUUCCUUGCGACGUUUGUAGACAUAUUCGGCGAGAAUGGCAGAUCCCCUUAGUUUACUCCGCCAAUAUAAUAUUAACAAGAAAGAGAUCAUCGAACGCGACAAUCAGAUCAUAUUCGGAGAGUUCUCGUGGCCGAAGAAUGUGAAAACGAACUACUUGAAAUACGGUUCCGGCAAGAAAGGCGCUCCGCGGGAAUACUACACACUCGAGUGUUUACUGUAUUUGCUUAAAAAUGUUCACCUGCAGCACUCCGUGUACGUGCGGCAAUGUGCGGCUGAAGACAUACCCGCUGUCAAUCGUCCCGAUCGGAAGGAACUUCUGGCUUAUCUCAAUGGCGAGACAUCAACUUGCGCCAGCAUCGACAAAAGUGCUCCAUUGGAGAUUCCCACACAGGUGAAGCGGCCAAUGGAGAGCGAUGGAUCGAACAUUGAUCCGAUCGCGAAAAAGGCGCGGUAUGAGGAGAUGCAAGUGCAAAAAGUCCGAGAACAGCUAGCUGAGCGACUCGCGGUCAACAAGAAAGAAGCCUCUGUAAAUAUCGAUAACAUAAAAUCUCUUUCGGAAACUAUGUCUGUGGAGAAAAUUGCAGCCAUAAAGGCCAAACGGUUGGCCAAUAAGCGUACGACCAUCAAAAGACACGACAAUGAUGAUGCCAUGGGUACUGAUUUGCGUGCUAUUUUGGACUUUGAUGUGGAUUCUACAAAAGAUAUUAUAAGCAGAGAAAGGCAGUGGCGAACGCGGACGACGAUACUUCAAAGUAAUGGCAAGCUAUUUGCGAAGGACAUAUUCGCGAUACUGCAAGGCAUAAAGGCCCGGGAAGAGGGCCGAGCCAAACCGCCUCAACAGCCUGUUCGGAUGCCCGAGCCACCAAGACCGAUGAAACCGCAACCACAACUGGCGCAGUACAAUCGUUACGAUCAGGAAAGGUUCAAUCGGCAAAAAGAAGAAACUGAGGGUUUCAAGAUCGAUACUAUGGGUACAUACCAUGGAAUGUCACUGAAGUCGGUAACAGAAGGAUCGGCUCUUCAGAAAAAGCCACAGGUACCAGCUUUGCCUCCAGGUCGUCCGAAGGAAUUGCUCCCCACUGCCCAAGCACGCAUGCUACCACAAACGCCGAGCAAACGAACUUCACGAACGCCCAUUAUAAUUAUACCGGCUGCUACCACAAGCCUUAUUACUAUGUACAAUGCGAAGGACGUCCUCCAAGAUUUGCGUUACGUUACAACGGAAGAAAAAAAAUCACAGGGUUGUCAGCGAGACAACGAGGUAUUACUGCAGCGACGAAAAGAAGGCAAUAUGACCGUUCCAUAUCGAGUGAUCGAUAAUCCACAAAAGUUGACGGCCCAGGAUUGGGCUAGAGUGGUUGCUGUUUUUGUCAUGGGACCUGCGUGGCAAUUCAAAGGAUGGCCAUGGGAUGGCAAUCCUGUGGAGAUUUUCUCGAAAAUUUGUGCGUUUCACUUACGCUACGACGAGAUGAAAUUGGAUGCGAACGUUUCAAAGUGGGCAGUAACCGUGCUGAAUCUCUCGCGCACUAAACGCCAUUUGGACCGAGCUGUUUUAAUGACCUUCUGGGAGAAGCUGGACAAGUACAUGAUGAAGAAUAAACCUGAGCUGCGUUUCUAAUUGAAUAUAUUGAUUUUUAAUUUUGAUAGUAAAUAGUGAACAUACUUAGGUAAUAACUAUUGUUUCAUUAAAGCCGCGUUCAAUAUUGUGUAUCCAAGUUUAAUGAAGAACAUGUAUCUCCAUCUGGCAAUGUAUACACAGAGGAACAAAGAUUCAAUUUUUCGUAAUAAAAUUGUCUCCAAUUGCGCUUUAUGAGAAGCAAUUGUGGCACUGAAGUUUUCCCAUUUUUAAUCAAUAAAUUAAUUGUUACAAAGAA